AAAGUUAGAGAGAGAAACAGUAAGAGCUAGAGUUAGAGAGAGAAAGCGGUAGAGAAGAAAGAGAAGGGAGCUCCUUUUCUCGGUUCUGUUCCACUGCUCCUCUGUUCCUAUAUGCCCCUUCUCUCUCUCUCUCUCUCUGUCUCUCUGGGUUGGUUUCUCCGAUUUAAUAUAAAGAGGUUCAUCUUCAUCUUCAUCUUCGCUUCUUCUCUCCUCUUCUCUCUUCUCUCCUCUCUCACCGCCGCCCUAAACCCUAUCACUCCCUUCAUCUUUCCCUGGAUCUGCGCUCUGGUGCUUGAUUCCCGGCUUGGAUUCCAGUCUAAUCCGCCAUUGACGGGAAGGUGAGGUGAUCCAUUGGGGUUUUCUUCUGGUUUUGUUAGUAUGAAGGUGCCUUGCUGCUCGGUGUGCCACACGAGGUACGACGAGUCGGAGAGGGUGCCCUUGCUGCUCCACUGCGGCCAUGGGUUUUGCAAGGCUUGCCUUGCCCAUAUGUUUGCUGCGUCUACGGAUAGCGCAAUCUCUUGCCCUCGUUGCCGCCAUCCCACCACCGUUGGGAAUAGCGUCCAUGCCCUACGGAAGAACUUCUCCAUCUUGUCCCUUCUCGGUUCGUCCCCUUCAUUUGAGUGUGACUUUGCGGAUGAUGAGGAGGAGGAGGAUGAUGAAGAGAAUGAUGAGUAUGGGGGUGACUAUUUUGGAUCCCGGGUGCGGCGCAGGAUGAGCCGCUUGUCGAAUACGUCUGUGUCUGGGUGUUGUUCCGGUGACUCUAGCUCGCCUGUAGAUCUCAGCACUCAUCUUGAUCUUAAGUUGCUCAGGCGGCUUGGGGAGGGACGGCGGGCUGGGCAUGAGACUUGGGCUGCUGUGCUUUCUGGGGGAACGAAUUCUGGUGGCGAGGGUCGGGAAGGUAAGUGUAGGCAUCAGGUUGCUGUGAAGAGGGUUGCGAUUACUGAGGAGAUGGAUGUAGUUUGGAUGCAUAGCAAGCUGGAGAGUCUGCGCCGAGCUUCCAUGUGGUGCAGAAAUGUCUGUACGUUUCAUGGGGCUAAGCAAAUUGAUAACCACAUUUGCCUCGUUAUGGACAGAUAUAAUAGUUCUAUUUUAUCUGAGAUGCAGCAGAAUAAUGGCCGACUUACAUUGGAGCAAAUCCUCAGAUAUGGUGCAGACAUAGCUCGUGGAGUUGCUGAACUCCAUGCAGCUGGCAUAAUCUGUAUGAAUUUAAAACCAUCCAAUCUUCUUCUGGAUGAAAAUUGCCGUGCAGUGGUUUCAGAUUAUGGGCUUCCAGAUAUUCUGAAAAAGCCUUUAUGUCGAAAAGCUCGUCUUGUGACAGAGGACACAUCUUCAAUGAUGCACUCAUGCAUGGACUGUACCAUGCUUAGCCCACACUACACAGCUCCUGAAGCCUGGGAACCUGUAAAGAAGUCAUCACUAAAUUUAUUUUGGGAUGAUGCAAUUGGAAUAUCUAAGGAAUCAGAUGCUUGGAGUUUUGGAUGCAUACUAGUGGAAAUGUGUACUGGUUCUAUUCCCUGGUCUGGACUAAGCUCAGAGGAAAUUUACCGUACUGUUGUCAAGGCUCGAAGGUUGCCCCCUCAAUAUACAGGUGUGGUGGGUGGAGGCAUCCCUAGGGAACUGUGGAAGAUGAUUGGCGAGUGCCUUCAGUUUAAAGCUGCUAGGAGACCAACAUUUAGUGCAAUGCUGGCUAUAUUUCUUCGUCACUUGCAAGAGAUUCCACGUAGCCCUCCUGCUAGUCCUGAAAAUGAUUUCACCAAGAUUCCAACUGAUGCAACAGAGCCAUCUCCAUCUUCUGUUUUAGAGUCUCUUCAGGAUAACCCUAAUGCUUUACAUCACCUUGUGUCGGAAGAGGACUGCAAUGGUGUGAGAGAACUUCUUGCAAAAGCUGCAUCAGGGAAAAGUAGUGGUUCUGGUUCAUUAUGCUCCCUUUUGGAAGCACAGAAUGCUGAUGGCUACACUGCCCUGCAUUUAGCAUGCGGACGGGGGUCUGCAGAGCUUGUUGAAGCUAUUUUAGCUUAUGAAGAGGCUGAUGUAGCUAUCCUGGAUAAAGAUGGGGAUCCUCCUAUUGUGCUUGCUCUAGCUGCUGGUUCACCUGAUUGUGUUCGCGCUCUUAUCAAUAGAUCUGCUGAUGUUAGUUCUUGGAUGCGGGAAGGCCAAUCAAUCACCCAUCUUUGUGCAUGUUCUGGCCAUCCCAAGUGCAUGCAAGAGUUACUACUGGCAGGGGCUGAUCCUAAUGCAAUUGAUGAUGAUGGUGAAUCUUUGCUCCAUAAAUCAAUUGCCAGGAGAUACACUGACUGUGCUAUUGUCAUAUUGGAAAAUGGAGGUAGCCGUUCUAUGGGUAUAAGGAACCCAGAGCACAAAACGCCAUUGCAUCUGUGCAUUGAGACAUGGAAUGUGGCUGUUGUGAGGAGAUGGGUAGAAGUUGCAUCCAAAGAGGAGAUUGUUAAAGCAAUUGAUAUUCCAGGUCCAGCUGGAACAGCAUUGUGCAUGGCUGCAGGCCUUAAGAGAAACCAUGAAGAUGAGGGCCGAGAAUUGGUGAGAAUACUGCUUGCUGCUGGCGCUGAUCCAACUGCUCAAGAUGAACAUUGCCGGACUGCUUUGCACACAGCAGCCAUGGUUAAUGAUGCAGAAUUGCUAAGGAUCAUUUUGGAGGCCGGAGUAGAUGUCAAUAUAGUGAAUGCACAAAGCACCACCCCCCUGCAUGUGGCAUUGAAUCGGGGUGCUGACAAGUGUGUAGGUUUGCUCUUGUCUGCUGGAGCAAACUGCAAUAUGCAGGAUGAUGAUGGUGAUAAUGCUUUCCAUAUAGCAGCUGAUGCUGCUAAGAUGAUCCGUGAAUGCCUAAAAUGGAUCGUCGUCAUGCUACAAUAUCCGUAUCCUGAUAUCGAAGUGAGAAACCAUAGCAGAGGAUGGACAUUGUGUGAUUAUCUAGAAAAUCUGCCUCGAGAGUGGAUUUCAGAAGAGCUAAUGGAAGCUCUUGCUGCGAAAGGUGUCCAUCUAUCUCCAACCGUAUAUGUCAUUACAGAUUGGGUGAAGUUCCGAAGAAGCAUCGAAACUCCUGCACAUGGUUGGCAAGGUGCGAAGCACACAAGCAUAGGCUUUGUUCAAACGAUUAUAGAUCAUAAUAAUUUAAUCGUAUCAUUUUGCACUGGGGAGGCUCGCGUUUUGACCAAUGAGGUUUGUAAAGUAAUUCCUCUAAAUAGGGGCCAACAUGUGCAGCUAAAACCAGAUGUUACAGAACCAAGAUUUGGGUGGCGUGGUUCAUCGCGUGAUAGCAUUGGAACUGUUCUUUGUGUAGAUGAUGACGGAAUUCUACGUGUUGGUUUUCCUGGAGCUUCUAGAGGUUGGAGAGCAGAUCCUGCUGAAAUGGAGAGAGUUGAAGAGUUCAAAGUUGGUGAUUGGGUACGUAUUCGGCCUUCUCUCACAGCUGCUGUACAUGGUCUGGAAUCUGUAACUCCUGGUAGUGUUGGAAUUGUGUACUCCAUCCGACCUGAUAGUAGCCUUCUGUUGGGGAUUUGUUACUUAACUCAUCCAUGGCAUUGUGAACCAGAAGAAGUUGAGCCAGUUGAGCCUUUCAAGAUUGGGGACCAAGUUUGUGUAAAACGGUCUGUCGCAGAACCUAGAUAUGCUUGGGGUGGUGAGACACACCACAGUGUUGGAAAAAUAAUUGACAUUGAUAGUGAUGGUCUUCUUAUGAUUGACAUACCAAAUCGACCUACUCCAUGGCAGGCUGAUCCUUCAGAUAUGGAAAAGGUUGAAAUUUUCAAGGUAGGAGAUUGGGUGAGAGUCAAAGCUUCAGUACCAUCUCCUAAGUAUGGAUGGGAAGAUGUUUCACGAAACAGCAUUGGGGUAAUACAUAGCUUAGAAGAUAAUGGUGACAUGGGAGUUGCCUUUUGCUUUAGAAGCAAGGCCUUCUCUUGCUCAAUGGCAGACAUGGAGAAGGUUAGGCCCUUCGAACUAGGAGAAAAAAUUCAUGUGAUGUCUUCCAUAUCUCAGCCUCGUCUCGGGUGGUCAAAUGAAACUGCAGCAAGUAUUGGGACAAUUGCAAGAAUAGACAUGGAUGGUACUCUCAAUGUGAGGGUUGCAGGUAAAAGUAGCUUGUGGAAAGUGUCCCCAGGUGAUACUGAACGACUGUCAGGUUUUGAGGUUGGAGAUUGGGUGCGGUUGAAGCCAAGCCUUGGGAAUAGACCGGCAUAUGACUGGAACAGCAUGGGCAAAGAUAGUAUAGCUGUUGUCCACAGUAUACAGGAUUCGGGAUAUUUGGAGCUAGCAGGGUGUUUCAGGAAAGGCAAGUUGACUACUCAUUACAUGGAUCUUGAGAAAGUCCCAUGUUUGAGGAUUGGACAGCAUGUCCAUUUUCGUCCUGGACUUGUGGAGCCAAGAUGGGGUUGGAGAGAUGCGCGACCUGAUUCUAGGGGUAUAAUAGCUGGCGUCCAUGCAGAUGGGGAAGUAAGGGUAGCCUUUUUUGGUCUUUCUGGUUUGUGGAAAGGAGAUCCAGCUGACCUUGAGAAAGAAGAGAUGUUUGAGGUUGGAGCUUGGGUAAGGCUUAAAGAUAAUGUCAGUGCCUGGAGAUCUAUUAAACCUUGGAGCAUAGGUAUAGUUCAUGGCAUGGGGUAUGAGGGAGAAGUCUGGGAUGGGACAGUACAUGUUGCAUUCUGUGGCGAGCAGGAAAGAUGGGUUGGCCCUGCAAACCACCUUGAGGCAGUAGAUAGGCUUCUUGUCGGUGAGAAAGUGAAGAUAAAGAAAUUUGUGAAGCAACCAAGAUUUGGGUGGUCAGGCCACAACAAUUCAAGCAUUGGAACUAUAUCAUCUAUUGAUGCUGAUGGAAAGCUUAGGAUAUAUUCUCCAGCAGGGUCCAAAGCUUGGAAUAUGGACCCCGCUGAGGUAGAAAAGGUGGAAGAAGAGGUAAAUCUGUAUUGGAGAUUGGGUAAAGGUGAGGCCUCAACAAUCACAACACCUACAUACCAGUGGGGAGAUGUAACUCAUGCCAGUAUAGGCGUGGUGCACAAGAGGGAGGAUGCAGAGCUUUCAGUUGCCUUUUGUUUUAUAGAAAGACUCUGGGUAUGCAAAGUGUGGGAGGUGGAAAAGGUUCGACCAUUCAAGAUCGGUGAUAAGGUUGGGAUUAAACCGGGUCUGGUAAUGCCUCGAUGGGAUUGGAGGAUGGAAACUUACGCGAGCAAGGGAGAGGUUGUUGGAGUGGAUGCUAAUGGAAAGCUGAGGAUCAAGUUUAGAUGGCGGGAAGGGAGGUUGUGGAUUGGUGAUCCUGCUGACAUUGUCCUUGAUGAUAGUGGUUCAGCAACAAACAACAUCUCUGAGGACUGGAGCUCAUUGGGAUUUUGCUAAAUUCUUUAAUUUUCAUUGAUUCCUGGUUUUCUUUCUUUUCUCUAUCAUUCUCAACUUAUUCAGCUGCUGUUGCUACCUUUACCUUGAGCUGCAUUGCUAAGUUUCAGAUAAUAUCGAUCGGCUCAGGCUAGAGAUUCCUAAAUCUUGUACCAAUAACUGUGAAGAAGGCUGGAGUUUUCGACCAACUUGACUGGAGAAACAUACAGGAUACCUGGCUGGUUAUAUUCAUAAUUAAUUUAGCAUGAGCUCUAUAGGUUUUUUCUUUUUGUUAGUUAUUUGAUAGUUAUGUUAUGUAUAUGUUCAGAUCCCUGUAUGAAAUUAUAAAGGUCAAUAUUUUUUCUUUUUUUUUUUUCCUGUAAUUCUAUUUGACUGACAAUUUUUAUGGUGGAUGUUUAUUUUCAUCUCAGGUCAA